CCUUAAGAGUUCAGUCGGAUAAGGUGGCUUAUGCUCGCUACAUGCAAAAAGCAGUUAGUAAACAAAAAAAUCUAACGGUUAUUGAAGGAGCGGUUAAUAACUUAUUAGUCAAAGAAAAGCAAAUAGCAGGAGUAAAAUUAAGCAAUGGCGAAACGGUGGGGGCGAAAGUAGUAAUUUUAACUACGGGCACUUAUUUACAACCUGUUACUUAUAAAGGCCAAGAAAGCCAAAUUGAGGGGCCCGGCGGAGAAAAAAAAGUGGUUAACAAUAUUUCUCAGCAAUUGCAGGAAUUAGGAUUUACCUUAAAGCGCUUCAAGACCGGAACUUCCCCCCGUGUUUUAACUAACACCAUUGAUUUUUCCCAAUUAAAAAUAGAGCCGGGUAGUAAUUUGCCUUUACGGUUUUCCGUUCAUAGUGACUAUUCACAAUUAUUACCUUUUGCCCAGCAAUUACCUUGUUACCUACUGCACACUAAUCAAAAAACUCACCAAUUAACUCAACAAAAUCUUCAUUUAUCCCCCAUUUUUUACAAAAAAGAUUUAGGGAAUGGACCGCCUUAUUGCCCUAGCAUUGAGCACAAAAUUCAUAAAUUUGUGGACAAAGAAAGGCACCAAAUUUUUUUAGAACCCGAAUCUCGCGAAUUAGAUACUACCUAUAUUCAAGGUUUGUCAACUUCUUUGCCGGUUGCAGUUCAAGCACAGAUUUUAAAAACCUUGCCGGGAUUAGAAAAUGCCCAAUAUGAUGCUUUAGAUUCUACGCAAUUAAAAAUAAGUUUAGAAAGUAAAUUAAUUAGUGGGCUUUUUCCCGCCGGACAAAUUAACGGCACUACCGGCUAUGAGGAAGCCGCUGCCCAAGGGUUAAUAGCCGGCAUCAAUGCUAGCCGUAAAUUAAGCAAUCAACCCCCGCUAGUUUUAAAAAGAAGCGAGGCCUAUAUAGGAGUAUUAAUUGAGGAUUUAGUUACUAAAGAAAUUACUCAUCCUUAUCGCCUUUUGAUUUCCUCAGCGGAAUAUAGUUUAUUAUUAAGACACGAUAAUGUUUAUACUCGCCUUGGUGAAAUUGCCCGUGAACUUGCCGCCGAUAUUAAGCAAAAACUACAAGAAUUAACCUUUAACAUUAAAUUAGUGGAGCAAAAUUUUCCCCAAAUAGAUAUUAAUUAUUUUCAAGUAGCUAAUUUAUCCAAAGAGGCCCAGGAAAAAUUAACCAAAAUAAAACCGGCUUCAUUAGGAAUCGCAAUGCGGACCAUAGCGGGAGUUAACCCGACCGAUAUUUAUGCCUUAAAUUAUCAUUUGAAUAAAGUCGUUCAAGGGAAAAGCCAAGAAACCUCGGCUAAGCAAAAACCAGCCGAAAAUAAUAAUAAGCCCGGUCAAACUAGCCCCCCCGCCACCGAUUCACCUAUUCCUUCCAAACAAGAAGAAUUAGAAAAAUACUUAUUAGAAAAACGCUUAGAUUUAGCAAAAUAUUUUGUUUUUAGUUUAGGAGAGUUAAAAACCUGA